AUGGCCGACUACUCUCCGUCGGAGAAAAACCUUGAGACAGACAUAACAACGACAUGUCCGAUCUGCUUCGAAUCUUUCAAGACUCCAAGGAUUCUACCAUGUCUGCAUACGCUUUGUCACAACUGUUUGUCGUCAUACAUUCUUUCCACGUGCAAGACCAAGGAGAGUCCUGUGGGAUUUCCCUGUCCACUCUGUAGAUGUUUUGUCCCCGCACCUUCAUUUUCAGUCGAGGUUGAAAAAUGGACGGAACAUAUUCCUGUCAACAAAAUAAUUCAUACUUUGAGUGAGAAAGGAGAUAAAUUGUGCGACGCCUGUAAGCGAGCAGACGAGGAGAUAGAGGCCACUGAUUGGUGUGAAUCUUGCUCUGAAUUGCUCUGUGAUUUGUGUGUUAAAUAUCACAAAAGAAAUGCAGUUUCUAAAAAUCAUAGUCUUAUUCCUAUUGUAACGUUCAAUAAUGUGUCCGAACAAAACAAAAAAAUUGAAUCCCCGUAUGCCCUCUGUCACGAUCAUAACAAUCGGGUAGAAUAUCUAUGUGUUGACCACGAGGAGUUAUGCUGCACUAAGUGUGUGUGCACCAAGCACAGGAAAUGCACACAGAUUGAUGGAAUCGAAGAAGCUGCAGAAAAUCUACGAAAGUCAGAGAAAUUUGCAACUUUAACAAAGGAAAUAUCUGAAUAUGAAGAUACACUGGUGAAAACUAAAUCAGAGGGAGAGGGCACUAUUAGAUACAUUGAUGAUACAUCAGACCAAAUAAGAAAAGAGUCCACAGAAUUGAGGGAUAAAGUAAUUAAUCAUGUAGAUGCAUUAUUAGAAGACCAUUUAUCAGAGCUGGCUCAAAAUGUCAAACAAAACAAGGACAGUGUUGCAGAAAUUGUUGCUGCUGUGUCCGACCGCCAUCUUCUCAUGGCUCAGUAUUUACAAACGUUAAGAUAUACUGAGCUCACACCUCCGUCAAUUCUUGUUCAAGACUACCUUAAGAUAAGAAGACAGUUUGAACACGUUACGAGAUCGAGUCCGUCCAAAUUGAGAUUGAAAUUGUACUCACGUUUUUCUGAAGACUUACCAAGAAUCCUGCAGGUCACAAAGUUUUCAGACAUAAAGACAGAGAUGGAGUCAAUCCCACUAAGGGUCAUUGAUUUAAGUGGUGCCAGCAUGGAGCUGAUUUGUGAAUUAAAUGGCUCUGAUGGAGAUGUUACGGGUGGAUGCUUUUUAGAAAAUGGGGAUAUAGUUCUAGCUAAUCGCGGUUCUAAGGAAUUAUUACAUUACAGGAAUUAUGAGCUAGUACGAAAAGUUACCAUUGGCAUGCAACCACGAGAUGUAGUUCAACAAACUCCCCUUUUCAUUCUAGUUUCAGAACAUCAGAACAGAAAAGGAAAUGUUGGACAAUAUGACCUCAAUGCAUUUAAAAAUGUGGAGAAGAUACUUCAAAGAGACAAUAAUGUGUACAGUUUGGCGGUAUCUUCAGGAUUUGUGUAUGCUGCUUGUUCUGAUUUAAUAUUAAAAUUUGAUUCAAAAGGAAACGUUGUUCAACAAUAUAAGGUUGAUGAAUGCACAUUUUCUGUAGCAAUAAGCAAUAAAAAGGAUAAUUCUGGAAAGAAAAUGUACUUGUAUACUCAUGAAAAACUAAUUUAUCCAUAUGGACUGGAUGUUAAUUUUUCUUGGGAAAUAUUUGUAGCAGGCAACAGCAGCAAUAAUAUUCACGUGUUAACACCUACAGCUGAAUUACUGAAGAUUUACGAAGUUGAGUCACCAAGGUGCAUCAAAUUUAAAGAAAAUUCAAACAUAUGUUUUGUUGGGUCUAAGGAAACAAAAGUGUAUGAAUUUAGAGAAGAUCUGCAAUAGAAAAUCAUUCUGUUCAGCUCAUAGAAUGUUAAAAAUUCCAACAUG